CUCAGUGACGCAAUUAAUUCCCAGCACCCGAAUUGCCAUCUUCUCCAACUUGCCCCGAUGGAUUCUAUUCCCAACUGCUUGAUGUAGUAAGCGCUAUAUAACAUCAGCAGAGGAAUGAAAAAUUCUUCAAAGUUCGUUCAAGGAGAAAGAUGGUUUUGGCAGCAGUACUUGGCAGGAACUUUCUUGGAUUUUGCCACCACGAACUUUUGAAGGAGCAGAGAGUUUCGCAAACAGAAAAAUUCACUCUGUUUGAUUCAUCAAGAGAUUUGCCAUGGAAGACAUCUCCUCUGAAAACUUUGAAUUUGAUGUUCUCAACGGGCAACAAUGUAAUCAGAAGGAACGGAAUUCAGGUGGUAUCUCCGGAUAUAUCAGCACCUAGCUGGGGACCGGAGGUCCUUGGUGCUUGGGACGACGAGUAUGGCGGGGUUGUCAUCAAUCCUUGGAGCUUACCCUCGAGCGCAAAUGCUUUUGCAUCCGCCCUUAAAACUUCCCUAUCCGACUGGAAAUUGAAGGGUAAGAGGGGAAUAUGGCUCAAAAUACUCGAAGAGCAAGCAGACCUCGUUCCCAUUGCGAUACAGGAAGGCUUCAAGUACCACCAUGCCGAACCAGGAUUCCUAGUGCUAACAUACUGGAUCCCUGAUGAGCCCUGCCUUCUUCCUGCUGGUCCAUCACAUCAAAUCGGUGUCGGAGGGUUCGUGAUCAAUGACAAAAGAGAGGUCCUCGUGGUAAAGGAAAAAUGUUCCUGCAUCUGUUCUGAUGUGUGGAAGUUACCAACUGGCUAUAUCAAUAAGGCUGAAGAUUUAUUCUCUGGAGCUGUGAGAGAAGUGAAGGAAGAAACUGGGGUCGACACGGCUUUCCUGGAAAUGGUUGCUUUCAGGCACGUCCACCAGGUGGCUUUCGAGAAGUCAGAUUUGCUGUUCGUGUGCAUGCUCAAGCCCCUGUCCUCUGACAUCACCAUUGAUGACAGAGAGAUCCAAGCCGCCAAGUGGAUGGCUUAUGAUGAAUUCAUCAGCCAACCCUACUACCAAGAGGAUCACAUGCUGAAGAAGGCCAUGGAGCUGUGCCUGGAGGCGUACGAGGAGCGUUACUGCGGAUUCAUCGCUCACCAGCUCACCUCGAAGCUUGACGGCAAGCUGUCCUACUUGUACUAUUACGGGGGGUCCAAUUCAUGUGAAAUAUGAUGUGCUCUAAAUACUUGAAGAGUUUCCCUCUUUAUGAAACGAAUAAUUCACUAAGUAAAUAAAAGGGCGUAAGCCUUUCUAGCUCUAGCUUCUAGGGUUUUGGUUUUACCUGUCCAACAUCAUGUGUAUGGGAAAAAGAACUCUAAUUUUAAGUCCCUAAAAUUUAUACUUCCUAUCA